AUGACAGAAGACUACGACCAGACAAUGGACCCAGCAGCUCACAAUCCCUCCGCUGAGCUCCAGGAGGACAUGAUUUACGCGGUGGAGUUUCUUUGUCAAGAGUGGUUUGCGCUGCCUUUCAAGGAAUACCAAGAGGAGUUAGCUCGCCGGUUGCAGAGAAUGAUUUCCGGCCUCCCUUGGUUAUUCGGCUCGCUACACCCACUCAUUCAGGACUUCCUCGUUACCACCGUACAUGUCCGCCCUGAGCAGCCACUCCUGUAUGAAGAGCCGGAGGAUUUUCAGCUGAGUCCGCUGGAGGAUUCGCAGGCCGACUCGUCCCCUUCCUCUUCCAGGAGAAAGCGGCGUUCACGCCGCCAUCGCUCCACAGCAGCUGAGCAGACAACUUUCGUGAGUGAAAAUGACUGUGUACCACAUUCUGAUUCAAAACCUUCUGCCAUUUCAUCCACAGUUAGUCAUGCUGCUCCUAUGAACACUUUAGUUUUUCAACCAGCUCCCCUGGACAUAAGCAAACCUGCCCUUGUAUCUGAGACUCCCUAUGUAUCACCAGUUUCUCAGCCUAUGACCUUUUCUGUGUCUCAGCCAGUACAGGUAAAUGGCAGCAACGUGCCGUCUACCAUAGGUAAAUUGGCUAAAAAACUUGGACUUGAUGCCACUGAGCUAAUGAGUCAAGUUGAACUUUGUGUUCCACAGCCAGCCAUGUUCAAACACACUCACCAUGUUUUAGAGUCAGACCAAGUUCAACCUGCAUCUCAAGUGACUGUUUUGGGUGUGGCUUCACCCCUGGACUUUACUGCUCACCAGUCAGCUUGUUCUGAAACUGCCUUUGCAAACCUACCUACUCCUGUGACCACUCCUGAGCUCCGCUCUCCACCACCUGUCCCGGCUCCCAGGGUGAGGCCAGCCAGGACACAGCCUACCUCCGCACCCGUACCUACUCCUCGGGUGGGAGCGGCUCAUGUCCGGCGGGUGCCUGCACCCAUUCCUGUGCCCGCUGAAGGCUCAGGCGAGCCUAUCCAGCCCCUGUCCUUGUGUUCUGUAGGCUCAGAGUUAGGUCAUCAACCACUACCACAAUCACUACAACCCCUCAUUUUUUCCAUAGUUCAGUCUGUUGCUCAGUUAUUAGCUCAGUCAUGUGUUCCAUCAUCAGUUUUGCCUCCAGGUCAGGCUUCAGUUUUGCCUCCAGGUCAGGCUUCAGUUUUGCCUCCAGGUCAGGCUUCAGUUUUGCCUCCAGGUCAGGCUUCAGUUUUGCCUCCAGGUCAGGCUUCAGUUUUGCCUCCAGGUCAGGCUUCAGUUUUGCCUCCAGGUCAGGCUUCAGUUUUGCCUCCAGGUCAGGCUUCAGUUUUGCCUCCAGGUCAGGCUUCAGUUUUGCCUCCAGGUCAGGCUUCAGUUUUGUCACCCAUACCUCUUUCAUUAGCCCAAUCAUCUACACAACCAACCGCUCAACAGUCUGCUCAGCACUCCGCAGCUCCCACGCUGCUGCCUGUUCCAGCUGGAGUGCCCGAGGAGCCCGUCCAGCCCCAAGCCACGUCAGCUGGGGGGCCCGAGGAGCCCGUCCAGCCCCAAGCCACGUCAGCUGGGGGGCCCGAGGAGCCCGUCCAGCCCCAAGCCACGUCAGCUGGGGGGCCCGAGGAGCCCGUCCAGCCCCCUUCCACGUCAGCUGGGGGGCCCGAGGAGCCCGUCCAGCCCCCUUCCUCGUCAGCUGGGGGGCCCGAGGAGCCCGUCCAGCCCCCUUCCUCGUCAGCUGGCGGUUCAGGAGAACCGCACCAGCCUCAUGCCACGUCAGCUGGGGGGCCCGAGGAGCCCGUCCAGCCACCACCUGCGGCUCAAUCGCCUGCAGCGCCUAUGCCGUCGUCUGGUCCAGCUUCUGCUUCGGCGCCUGCUUCAGCACCUGCUUCGGCUUCGCCUGGCCCUGCUUCUGCUUCGGCGCCUGCCUCAGCCUCGCCUGGCCCUGCUUCUGCUUCGGCGCCUGCCUCAGCCUCGCCUGGCCCUGCUUCUGCUUCGGCGCCUGCCUCAGCCUCGCCUGGCCCUGCUUCUGCUUCGGCGCCUGCCUCAGCCUCGCCUGGCCCUGCUUCUGCUUCGGCGCCUGCCUCAGCCUCGCCUGGCCCUGCUUCUGCUUCUGCUUCGGCGCCUGCCUCAGCCUCGCCUGGCCCUGCUUCUGCUUCUGCUUCGGCGCCUGCCUCAGCCUCGCCUGGUCCUGCUUCUGCUUCUGCUUCGGCGCCUGCCUCAGCCUCGCCUGGUCCAGCCUCAGCUUCUGCUUCGGCGCCUGCCUCAGCCUCGCCUGGUCCAGCCUCAGCCUCGCCUCAUCCUGCAGUUGCCAAGCCACCGCCUCGUCCACGUCCGGCUCAGCCUGCUAAACAUCGUCCACGCCUGGUUUGGCGUCAGCAGCCACCUUCCAGACCGCUGACUGGACUUCUUCGUACGUGCCCACGCCGCCGUCGGCCGCCAGCCAAGCCGCCUGACGGUCUUCGUGCCUGUCCACGUCGCCACCGCUGGCUCCGCGGUCGGCCUCCAGAACAGCUUCGUCUACAUCGUCGCCACUACCGUCCGCACGGCCGGCCUCCAGACCUGCUUCGUCGCCACCGCUGGCUCCGCGGUCGGCCUCCAGAACUGUUCAGUCAUGAACUACUGAGCCGUUGGCCUCCUGGUCGGCCUCCUGACCUGAGUUUUGGACUGUCCCCUGUGCCUUUAUUGGACAUUUUGUUUUCGACUUAGUUUUGGCCCUCCGACCUGGACCCCCGCCACCCGCCCUGGGUGGGUUGUUUUUGGUUUUGUUUUCCCGGCUUGGGGCGUCUGGAAUCCGCCCUUGAAGGGGGGGCUCUGUCACGGUCCUGGGUCUUAUGACCCAGUGUUUUGAGUUUAGUUUAUUUGGAUGUUUAUAUGAUUAAGCUCAUGACUUUUUCUAGUUCUUUGUUAUUAGAUUCCCCUUGUGUCUUCCAACCCCUGUGAAGUCUCCCCUGCUCUUCAUGUGUUUCAUGUCUGUGUCUUACGUUGUCAAGUUCUGGUUGUCAUGUCUGCGUCUCAUUAGGUUUCCUAUUUUAUUUUGAAGAGAUCUUGUGUUUGUAUAUUAUGGUUUAUGUUUUGAGUCCUUUGUUGUACGGUUUCUUGUUUCAGUUAUGGUUAUCAUCGGUUUAGUUCUUUGGCUUCGUAAUAUGGCUUCCCUAUGUUCCAUGUUGUGUCCACUGUGACCCUUUUGUACCAUGUUUCAGGUUCUUAUGUUCUGUCUCCCCAGUUGCUGUUAAGUUACAUGUCUAGAGUUCAGUCAGUGUUUCCUGUUUUACUUUGAAGGUUGGUGUCUCAUGUCAGUGGUUCUAGUUUUGCUUCCCUUGUCUCGUCCAGUCUGAUUACUCCCAGCUGUGCUCUCCUUCUGUGUCUAAUUCCCUCGUUAUCCCUCUGUGUAUUUAAGCCCUGUGUUUUCUCUUUGUCAGUGUCGUAGUCUCCCUCAUGGCUGUGUUUCCCUGUGUGUUAGUUAUCCAUGUCCCAGUUUAGUUUAUUUAUAUUUUUCGUGGCAUCCUGCAAUAAAGCAGCCUUUUGAGUUUAAUUCCUGUGUGGUGAGUUUUGCGUUUGGGUCCUU